AUGUCUCAACUUUAUCGUACAAAUUUAGGACGAAUUCCUAAUAACCAACAUGAAUUUUUCGAUACUUUAUCUGAAAAUGUGAAAUUCAAAGAAGAAAUCGAUUCUAUUGAUUACAGAAGACGUGAAAUGAAUGUCUUUCAAACUACAAAGAAAGUUUACAAGAAGUUGAAAGGUUAUUCAGAUAUUGAUAAGAAUGAUUCUGACUCGCAGUUUUUGUUUUCUGAAUAUUAUCAUGUCUUUGGUAAAUCAAAUCCUUUAAGCCAACACGAUCGCUCUUGUGUUGGUCAUAUCUUGAAACCAAAGAAGAAAAUUCAGUUGAAGCAUGUUAAAAAGGUUGUUGAAGAUGAUCUCGAAGGUGUUCAG